CUGGCGGAGGACGGCGCCUUCGAGAUCGCCGGCCGCGGCGAACUUCAACUCGCAGUGCUGAUCGAGACGAUGCGCCGCGAGGGCUUCGAGCUCUCGAUCGGCCGCCCGCGGGUGCUGAUGCGCGAAGACCCGGCGGGUGGCGCGCCGCUCGAGCCCAUCGAAGAAAUCCAGAUCGAUGUGGACGAAGCCUUCGUCGGCGACGUGGUGAGUGCGCUCGCGGAGCGACGCGCAGAGCUGAUCGAGCUGCGGCCCUCGGGGCGGGACAAAGGUGCCGCGCCGCUGUGUCACGGACAGCGCGCGCGGAGCGGUGAUCGGUUUCAAUGGCGAGAUGAUCACCGUCAGGGGCCCGGCACGAUCAUGCCACUCUGGGUGGCGCUCCUUAAAGGCGGCGGCGGGGCGGAUCCCGCCGAGGGGCAGGGGCUUCGGGACGAAAACGAAUGGGGCGAAACACGACAGGGGUGCGAUGGGGAGCAAGGAGUUUUGGUCAGGUUGGUCGUGUUGGCCGCGUACUAG